AAGAGAUCUACACUGGUCAGUAUGUUCGCUUCGACGUCACAAAGAAAUGAUGAUGGUUUGCGGGCGUCUUACAAUAUCUCGUUACUUAUAGCAAAAUCCGGAAAACCGCAUACUAUCGGAGAGAAGUUAAUUUUGCCAGCCGUUGAAGAGGUUUUAAAAAAUGUUUUACACAAGCCUGCAUCUGAUAUCAUUAAAAGAAUUCCCUUAAGCAACAAUACUGUUAAAAGACGUAUUGAUGAAAUGAGUUCUGAUAUUGAAAGCUUCUUAUGUAAUUAUUUACAAACGACCCAUUUCUCUAUACAACUGGACGAGUCAACUUUACCUGAUAAUGCAGCAUUAUUAUUGGCAUAUGUUCGUUUUAUUAUGAAUCAAGAAAUCUACGAAGAACUGCUCUUCGCAAGAACUUUGAUAACCGACACUAAAGGUGAAUCAAUAUUUCAUGUUUUGAAGGAUUACUUCAUUGAAAAAGCAAUUCCUUUAUCAAAUAUAAUAUCAGUAGCUACAGAUGGAGCACCUGCCAUGGUUGGACGUUAUCGUGGAUUUAUAAGCUAUUUAAAACAAAAUGUGUCAAAAAUUUGA